AUGCUCUUGGCUGUGGCCACCCCACCAUGGACAUUCCACCACACAGCUGCUUUCAGCCAAAUGGCUGCCACCAAGUUCCUGAGAAAUGACUCACAGGAGAUCGUUAACUUUGGGGGAAAUCUCGUGCUUGCUUUGUUUGGAUGUUGCCAGAAGCAAACUGAUGAGAGGCCAGCAGAUUGGCCAAAAAGACAAGCGAAACCUGCUGCAGAUGAAGGCUUUUGGGAUUGUAGCGUCUGCACCUUCAGAAACAGUGCGGAAGCCUUUAAGUGCAGCAUCUGCGAUGUGAGGAAAGGCACCUCCACCAGAAAACCUCGGAUCAAUUCUCAGCUGGUGGCCCAGCAAGUGGCACAGCAAUAUGCCACUCCACCACCCCCUAAAAAGGAGAAGAAGGAGAAAGUGGAAAAGCAAGACAAAGAGAAACCUGAGAAAGAUAAGGAAAUUAGCCCUAGUGUUACCAAGAAAAAUACCAACAAGAAAACAAAACCAAAGUCUGAUAUUCUGAAAGAUCCUCCUAGCGAAGCAAACAGUAUACAGUCUGCAAAUGCUACAACAAAGACCAGCGAAACGAAUCACACCUCAAGGCCCCGGCUGAAAAACGUGGACAGGAGCACUGCACAGCAGUUGGCAGUAACUGUAGGCAACGUCACCGUCAUUAUCACAGACUUUAAGGAAAAGACUCGCUCCUCCUCGACAUCCUCAUCCACAGUGACCUCCAGUGCAGGGUCAGAACAGCAGAACCAGAGCAGCUCGGGGUCAGAGAGCACAGACAAGGGCUCCUCCCGUUCCUCCACGCCAAAGGGCGACAUGUCAGCAGUAAAUGAUGAAUCUUUCUGAAAUUGCACAUGGAAUUGUGAAAACUAUGAAUCAGGGUAUGAAAUUCAAAUCCUCCACCUGCCCAUGCUGCUUGCACCCCUGGAGAAUCUUCUGUGGACAUCGACCUCUUAAUGAUGCUGCCAGGAUAAUUCCUGCUUGCCAUGGGCAUCUGGCCACCAAGGAAUUUCGCACCCUGACGAUUACUCUUGACACUUUUAUGUAUUCCAUUGUUUUAUAUGAUUUUCCUAACAAUCAUUUAUAAUUGGAUGUGCUCCUGAAUCUACUUUUUAUAAAAAAAAAAAAAAUCUGCUGUGCACAAUUUUCCAUGUACAUUACAACUGGUUUUUUGUUUUUGUUUUGUUGGGAGGGAGGUUUGGGAGGGGGAGGGAACUUUUAUUUAUUGUGUUCACAAACUCCAUCCUUUCAGCAUAUCCUUUCUAAGUUUAGUUCUUUCUUCCAGUUAUACUAUGUACUAUCAGUUUUGAUAUAACUAUAUAUAUAUAAAUAUAAAAUUAUAUAUAAAGGGUUAUUUGAAACCAAUCCAUGGCAACGCUGGUGCUUGAUACACUGUGAAGUGAAUACAACAUUGAACAGUUACAGAUCUGGGACAGUCCCUUCUAUGAAAGUGCUGAAAUUAAAUUAAAAUCAGUCUUAUGUGAAGUAUGUUCCAACCUACAUGGGAACUCAACUCUCUCAUCUGUCUAAAGAGUACUGGACAAUAUAAAAAUAUAUAUUUUUUAAACAAUGUGAUCUCAAAUUUAAAGACUGCUCCAGAUAGCCUGCAUUCGCAAUGGAAUAACUGACAAAUCACAAGUGGUUUAGUUGGGGAGGGCUUUGAUCGUUCAAAAGUAACUAAACUAGCUCCAGAAUGCCAAGUAUUCGUGUAAAUUACGGUUACAUGUUAACAUUGCUGUUCUUACAUAAGCACUCAUGAAAAUACGGUAUUCUGUACUCAGAUUCCAUCCAUUUUCCAGACCUCUACUCAUGGCUGAGGUAAAUCUAGAAAUUGUCUCUUAGUUUUAGGACUGAAACAGUCUGAACUCUUAUUUUUUGGUCCAUACAGGAAGCAAUUCCUUGUUUCUACUUUCCAUAUGACAUUGCAGAGGUGAUGUUUUGUGAUCGAAAUUGGUUUGCUUCAUGUCCCCUGGUUGAUGAACCCUCACCCUACCCCUACCCACUCAGUUGUGAGAACUGUUUUUCUUUCUCAAAACGUACUAUGAUUCAUUUUACUGAACAAAAAUUAUGAGCCACACAUCCAGCCCAACGUGGAGCUUUUCAGUGUUUGGUGACUUUUUUGGUUUCCUGCUGUGGGAAGGUUCUCUAGUAGUGACUGGCUUGAGCCCCAGUGGCGGAGUUGCUGGGAGGGCUGCUCACUGCCAGCAGAAAGCCAUCUUUUUCUUCCUUGACAUAAAGAUAGCAUGAGUAAACUGUUUUUGUUUUCACUUUUUUUUAACUGUCUU